AUGGCCGCCGCCGCCGCCGACUUGCGCGUCGAGCACAACAGCUCUCCAAUGCCUGGUGUCGUGCGCAACAAUGACCCAGCGCUAGACAUUGCUAGGGAGCAUGAGCACGAACACGUGCACCACAGCGCGCGGGCAAGCCAUACCGACAAUGUCGUCUAUACCACGGGCACCACCGACGACAGGAGCACCGUUCCCACGCCCAGCGCCCAGGACAGCCAUCUUCACCAUCGCCACCCGCUCGAUGAGAAGCAUGUCGAGCAUGACCUUGAAAAGUCGGCUGGAUACGAUUAUGAGGUCGAAAAGGGGACCCACAGCUCAGCUGAUCCCGAACUCGAGGCAGAGAAGAGGAAGAAGUGGUACUCGCCUUCUGUCCUCUACCGAAAAUACAGACUCCCAGUUCACAUCUUCAUUGGCGCCUUGUUCACUGGAUGGUGGAUUGCCAGUCUCGUCGUCCAUCGCAAGGACAAGAACUGGAUCAUUCCCUUCUUGUUCUGGCUGGCCAUUAUGAUCCGCCUCAUCACCCUGCAUGUCCCCAUUACUCUGGUGACUAGGCCCAUGCACUGGGUUUGGAACAACACCGGUGUCCGCAUCACCAGCCUGAUCCCAGAGAAGAUGCGAGUGCCCGCGGGUGCCUCUCUCACCAUUGCCGUCAUCAUUGUUGGUUCCUUUGCCAGCAAGGAGAGCGAGGACAACACACGUGCCAAUCGUGCCGUCUCGCUGUUCGGCCUACUGGUCUUCAUCUUUGGAUUCUGGGCUACCUCGCGCAACCGCUCCAAGAUUGUAUGGCAUACCGUCAUUGUCGGCAUGCUGGUCCAGUUCAUCAUCGCUCUGUUUGUCCUGCGUACCAAGGCCGGCUACGACAUCUUCAACUUCAUCUCCCAACUGGCUCGCUUGCUCUUGGGAUUCGCCAAUGACGGUGUUACCUUCUUGACCAAAGACACUGUCCCCAAGCUCGGCUGGUUCUUGACUGGUGUCAUUCCCGCCAUCAUCUUCUUCGUGUCAUUCGUCCAGCUCCUGUACUACUGGGGCAUUCUCCAGUGGUUCAUUGGCAAGUUCGCCGUCUUCUUCUUCUGGUCCAUGCGCGUGUCCGGUGCCGAGGCCGUCGUCGCUUCCGCCUCUCCCUUCAUUGGGCAGGGUGAAUCUGCCAUGUUGAUCAGGCCCUUUGUGCCCCAUCUCACCAUGGCCGAAUUGCAUCAAGUCAUGUGCUCUGGUUUCGCUACCAUCGCUGGUAGUGUGCUGGUCGCCUACAUCUCCAUGGGCCUCAACCCCCAGGCGUUGAUCUCGUCUUGCGUCAUGAGCAUUCCUGCCUCGCUCGCCUUCAGCAAGUUGCGAUAUCCCGAAGAAGAGGAGACGCUGACUGCCGGCCGCGUUGUCGUUCCCGAUGAUGACGAGCACAAGGCUGCCAACGCUCUUCACGCCUUCGCCAACGGUGCUUGGCUCGGUCUCAAGAUUGCCGGUAUGAUCAUUGCUACCCUGCUGUGUAUCAUUGCACUCCUCAACAUGGUCGAUGGUCUCCUGACCUGGUGGGGCCGUUACAUCAACCUCGACGGCGAGUACGAUCUAACCUUGGAGCUGAUCCUUGGCUACCUGUUCUACCCCGUUGCCUUCUUGCUCGGUGUAUCCCGCCAAGGCAACGAUUUGCUCCUUGUCAGCCGUCUCAUCGGUGUCAAGGUCAUCACCAACGAGUUUGUCGCCUUCGCCAAGCUCGUCGCCAAAGACGAUCCGACAUCCCCCUACCACACGCUUUCUCCUCGAUCUCGCGUCAUUGCCACCUACGCCCUCUGCGGCUUCGGUAACAUUGGAUCUCUGGGAACCCAGAUCGGUGUGCUCAGUCAGAUCAGCCCUGGCCGCAGCGGUGAUGUUUCCCGCCUGGCCUUGUCUGCUCUUAUUUCUGGUGUAUUUUCCACCUUGUCCAGUGCCACUGUGGCUGGUCUGGUCAUCGUUGAUCAGGGCAAGUUCUCCAGCGGUGCAUAG